AUGGCAAGUCCAUAUGAGAUACACGCCCAUCCAGGGAGUCGGCAAGGCUCCUUGCAUCAGUCGCCCAUCUUAGCAAACGGGUCGACGCGGGAACCUCCAGCUGCAGAGACGCGUCCACUAUCCCAAGGAAAGCCCGAUCGCAUAAGCAACCCAAUGUCCUUUGCAAGUAUCCUCUCCUCUAAUAACCACGAACCAUCUCCUCCCAAACAAUCCCCUGCACAAAUACCACGACCGCUACCACCGCCCCAAAGUCCUAUCAAGUUGGAACAUCCAAUGGAAACCAACUCGGCGAUGCCUACCAUGGCAUCGCCAACCUAUAGAACCAAUGGAUUCGUGCCCAACAUAGGACCUGAACCAGCGCAGCUGCGCGUGGAACCAACAAUACCAGACAAGCCUAGAUACGUGAUGACUAAAGCUGAGAAAGAGAAAUUUGCGGCUGCCAUCUCUAGCAUCGACGAAGCAGAAUUCAGUGACGAGGACGCACCAGGUUUCUACGAAUACAAACUGAGGUACAUCGAGCGUACCAAGAAGCGUGCUCGUGACGUCGAUAUCCACGAGGGCUCCAAGAAGAGGAAGAGACGCGUCUACCUGGUUGAUGAGCUCAUAAUCCCUGUUGCUGCACACGUUGCUGAGUCCAAGGCGCGCUUCGCAGAACAAUAUGGUGCUGAGUGUGCUAAGGAAAUCAACGAUCGUGAUGUUGAAGAUGAGAAAGAACGCAAGAAAGACAUGCAACGCAAGCGACGACGUGAGCAACAGAUCAAGAACGAAGAGCAAAGACUGGCUGAUCUGCAGCGUCAGCAACAGGACACUGACGAUCCAGAGGAAGCCCUCAAAUUCAGCAAGCAGAUUCAGAGGUCGAAAGAUAAGCUAUUGCGUACCGCAGAACUACUCGGAGGAGGUGGUCAAGAUGAACUUGAAGUACCUCCUAUGGCACUGAAUUUGGAGGGUGGUACUACAUCGUCCUUCCAUCUGGACUCGGAAGAGCCUACAGAGCCUCCAAGGAAGAAAGUCAAGGGCAUGAAUGGCGCAGGGAACAGACCAAAGAAAUCAAAGGAAAAGAAACAGGCUGAAAAGGACGCUGCUGAGGCUGCUUGGGCUGCUGGCUGGCUCGAGAGUCAACAGUUUGAGUCGUCUGAAAUCCCGAUUACACCGAGGGAGGAGCCCAGGCCUCUUGUCUCAAAACCAUCGAGGAAGCCAAGGUCCGAUAUCAUCGCCGUUGUCAAUUACGACUCCAAAGGCUACCAACAACUUGUCGAGCAGAUCACAAGAGAUAUGGCUAGAAAGGAUGUGCCGAAAGUCUUCAAGAUCAAGCAACAAUCGAUGACUGUCAAAAUUGAUAAUGCUCGCAAAACUGCCAUUCUAGCAAGCAAACAAGCCCGAAAGUGGCAGGAACGAACCAACAAGAGCAUGAAGGAUACACAGGCUCGUGCCAAGCGAGUGAUGCGAGAGAUGAUGUCCUUCUGGAAGCGGAACGAACGAGAAGAGCGCGACCAGCGACGAUUAGCUGAAAGAAAGGAGAUCGAGGAUGCCAAGAAGGCUGAAGCUGACCGAGAAGCUAACAGACAACGCCGAAAGCUCAACUUCUUGAUCUCGCAGACCGAGUUGUAUUCGCACUUCAUAGGCAAGCGGAUUAAGACUGACGAAAUCGAACGAGCUACGGACGAUCCAGAUGUGGCCUCAUCUGCAGAGAAGAUUCAAGACACCGAUAAGAAGCACGAGAUCAAUCUGCCCCCGUCUGUGGCCGACAUGACUGGCAAGACAAAAGUUACCAACUUUGAGGAUCUCGAUUUCGACGCUGAAGAUGAAACUGCUCUACAGGAAGCUGCUAUGGCCAAUGCUCACAAUGCGAUGGAAGAAGCUCGAGCUCGAGCUAAGGCCUUCGAUGGAGACGAUGAUGACGAUCAGAUGGCUGCCAUGGACAAUAGUGACAUGAACUUCAUGAAUCCAACGAUGGCUGGUGAUGUCGAGGUUACCCAGCCCAAGAUGCUCACAGCACAGCUCAAGGAAUACCAACUCAAAGGUUUGAACUGGUUGGUCAACUUGUACGAGCAGGGCAUCAACGGUAUCCUUGCAGAUGAGAUGGGUCUCGGCAAAACCAUACAGUCUAUAUCUGUCAUGGGUUAUCUAGCAGAACAACACAAUGUGUGGGGUCCUUUCCUGGUGAUCGCGCCGGCCUCCACUUUACACAACUGGCAGCAAGAGAUCACUAGAUUCGUUCCCGACCUCAAAGUCUUGCCAUACUGGGGUAAUGCCAAGGACCGUAAGAUUUUGCGAAAGUUCUGGGAUCGAAAGCACAUCAGCUAUAACAAGGAGUCAGAGUUCCACGUUCUGGUCACAUCAUAUCAACUCGUUGUUCAAGACGCUCAAUACUUCCAGAAAGUCAAGUGGCAAUACAUGAUCCUUGACGAAGCUCAGGCUAUUAAGUCCUCUCAGAGCUCGAGAUGGAAAGUCUUGCUCAGCUUCAACUGUCGAAACCGACUCCUCCUCACGGGCACACCUAUCCAGAACAAUAUGCAGGAACUAUGGGCCUUGUUGCACUUCAUCAUGCCAACUCUCUUCGAUUCUCACGAUGAGUUCAGUGAAUGGUUCUCCAAAGAUAUCGAAAGUCAUGCACAGAGUAACACGAAGCUCAAUCAAGAUCAACUACGACGUCUGCACAUGAUACUGAAACCUUUCAUGCUUCGACGUGUCAAGGCUCAUGUGCAGAAAGAGCUCGGAGAUAAGCUCGAGAAGGACAUCUUCUGUGAUCUCUCCUAUAGACAACGUGCGUACUAUGCCAAUUUGAGGAGCAAAAUCAGUAUCAUGGAUCUGAUCGAAAAGGCCAGUAUGGGUGAUGACCAGGACGCUGCAACCUUGAUGAACUUGGUGAUGCAGUUCCGAAAAGUCUGUAAUCACCCUGAUCUGUUCGAGCGAGCAGACACUGUCUCGCCGUUCUCAAUGUCGUCGUUUGCCGAGACUGCCUCUUUCAUGCGCGAAGGGUCCUUCGUACAGGUGGGCUACUCAAUCAAGAACCAGAUUGAAUACGAUCUACCUCGAAUAUUAUCCAAUGACGAGCGACUCGACAUCGCAGGACCCCACAAUCAGCGAGCAGGAUUCCUCAAGUAUGCGACACAAAACAUGUUCAACAUAUUUGAUAGCGAUCACGUUGCGAAAUCAAGCUGCGAGGAUGGUGCCUUUUCGUUCCUGCGCUUUGUGGACAUGUCAGCUGGUGAUGUGAGCAAAGUCGCAAAGAUGGGUCUUUUCGACCGUGCUAUCAAGCUCAAGUCUGAAACCCGACGAGCCCUAGAUCUUUUCGUCGACGAGGGUUACGAAUCUGAGGAGAAGCAUCUCCCAGCCCACAGCUUGUUCAACAUUGUCAACACUUCUUCAGGAGGAUCGUUGAAAGACUUGGAGACCAAUUCAAACCUGGCCCAGCUGUGCAAUAUCAGUACGCGAGCAUUAGUUGAUGAAGGCUUCACGACAUUUGAAUCCGCAGCACGAUCGCUUGUUUGUGCCCCUCCUAUCGAGGUGAGUGCGCUUGACCAGUUCUCCAACAUCGAAAGACAGAAUGUCAUGUUCAAUACCAAGAUACGGAAUGCGCUCUUUACGAUGGAGGAGUCUGUUGAGCAGAAGCUGCUGGAAAACGACGUUGAUCCGCGAAACUACCCUCCUUCGAACAUGUAUCCAGCACCAGCGUCGGAAAAAGCGCGCUUCACAUCCAUCUCAGUUCCUUCAAUGCGUCGCUUCGUUACUGAUUCAGGAAAACUUGCCAAGCUGGACGAGCUGCUUCGACAACUCAAGGUUGAGGGUCAUCGUGUCCUCUUGUACUUCCAGAUGACUCGCAUGAUUGAUCUGAUGGAAGAAUACCUGACCUACCGCAAUUACAAGUACUGCCGUUUGGACGGUUCUACCAAACUAGAGGAUCGUCGAGACACUGUGCACGAUUUCCAGACUCGACCCGAAAUCUUCAUCUUCUUGCUCUCUACUCGAGCUGGUGGUCUCGGAAUCAACUUGACAAGUGCUGACACAGUCAUCUUCUACGACAGCGACUGGAAUCCUACCAUCGACUCUCAAGCUAUGGAUCGUGCUCAUCGACUUGGCCAGACCAAACAAGUAACGGUCUACCGACUCAUCACGCGUGGCACUAUCGAAGAGCGUAUCAGAAAGCGCGCCAUGCAGAAGGAAGAAGUGCAACGUGUGGUUAUCACAGGUGGCGACGGAUCAGGAGUCGAUUUCAAUACUCGAUCUCGUGGCGAGAACAGAACAAAGGAUAUCGCCAUGUGGCUGGCUGACGACGAUCAAGCAGCAAUCAUCGAAGCAAAGGAGAAAGAACGUGACGCCAAGCAAGAGGAGAAGGGCGAGAAAAAGAUGUCCAAGAAGGCGCUUGCUGCCGCAGGUGCUGCUGAGAGACGCCGAGCGAAGCUAGACAUGGAGAGUCUGUACCAUGAAGGUGAAGGGAAUUUUGAUGAUCAGUCUGCGAAGGCAUCUGGUGAUGCGACGCCUGUUCCCUCGGUAGCUGAGUCUCCCGCGCCCAAGAAGAAAGGUGGUCGUACUGGUGUUGGAAAGAGCAAGAAGGCGAAGACUGCAGCGCAGCGACUUGCUAUCGUUGAUGCAGCUGGUGAUCUGGGCAUGGGUGGUGGGAACUAG